AUGAUGUCAUACUGUCUCCUCCUUGCGCGCUAUGGAAUAAAAGCUGUGAUUUAAGUUGUUACUGACACCAGUAGCUCCCAAAAUGCUUGACUCGUUGACAUUUCUGUUUGAGAAGAUUUUCCUCCUAACUAACUUUAACGUCUUCAAUUUAAUAUCAACGGAUGGAGAAAAAUGCCCCAACCAUUGUGAUGGCUCCUCUUUUAAGAGAGGAGAUUUGUUGGAGGUUCCACGCACUCUCUUCAUUCACUUCGGCAUUUACCUGGGUGACAACAAAGUUGCGCAUUUGAUGCCUGACAUUAUGCCGGUGCUGACGACUGACAAGUGUCAAAUUCAGAAAGUAGUGACAAACAAGAGACUGCUGCUAGGGGUACUUUCGAAGAUUGCCAGCAUCCGAGUUGACACUGUAGAAGAUUUUGCAUACGGGUCUAAAGUGAUUGUAAAUCAGAUGGACAUUAUUAGUAAAAAGCAACCAUUUCCUAACGAAGAUGUGGCGUUAAGAGCGGAAAAACUUGUUGGAGCUACACCUUACAGCCUGCUUUGGAAUAAUUGUGAGCAUUUUGUUACAUACUGCAGAUACGGCACGCCUGUGAGCUACCAGACAGACAAGUUCUGUGAAGCUCUGAAAAUGAUCAUUCGUGACCAGAGGAGUGUCCUUCUUACAGCUCUAAUAGGAAUGAUCUCAAUUCUCUACGCAGGACUUGCUCCUUCUACAGCACUGCUGACCAUUCUGAUUCCAUUCACUCUCUGGAUGGCUGGUUAAUUUUGACAGAAGAUACACAUACAGUACAACAACAAAACACUUAUAUUGUUUCUUAUUGGAUGGACAUUUAUUUUUUAAAAGCAUGUACUGUAAAUAUACUAUAUGUGAUGAGAAAAUGAGAGAUGUACUGUAUGUUUUCUAUUUUUGAUAUCACAUUUUAGCUUACUGUGUAAGCAAGUGUGGUCUGCCAACAAUUAUAUGCCUAAAAUUAAGUGACUUGUUUCUUAUAUAUUGUAACUAUUAUCACUAUAGGCUUACUGUGUGUUUUACAUUCAGAGCAUUAUGUACUGUACAUAAUUAACAUUUUCUAAUUGUAAUAUUUGUAUUUUUGUGCAAAUAAAUGAUUUACAUUUAACUUACAUAUAAAGAAUGUAUCAUUUCUACUGGUGAAAAUGCAUCUCAUUUUGAUAGUAACACUGGACAAAGCGUAUUUCUUUUUGAACAUUUACUGAAAGAUGCAGGGAAAAGGCUGCAUUGUGAUUAGAAUAUGCUAGUAUGAGAACUUUUUGCUCUUUGCUGGAACAACCAAAACACAUAUAUACAAGGACAUCUCCCACCAAUGCUGUAAUAUCAACACAGUAGCACAGUUAACAAUGAGGAACCCAAAUACGGGUACACAGACACUCGGGAGGAGAUCAAACUCUUACCUUACAUCUUAUCGCCUACCUACUGUAUGUAUAAAUACUUCAUUUUUAGUUCCCUUUCUCCACCUCCUCUUUGCCCUUACAGCAACUCCCAGACUCAUUCUUAGUCUUAUUCUUACUCAUUCUCUCCUAAGUCAGGCAAGUUAUUUGCACCUCUUCUCUGUCAUAAUUAGACUAAAUGACUAAAUGACUAAAUUACUAUGAUUCUUAAUCUAAACAUUCUCCUGAUAGCUCUUGCAAAAUAUCUGAUAUUGUAUUUGUUUUCAUGCCUGAGCAUAACAGAAUACUUGCAUUAUUUAAGGUCACAAAUAUUUGUCUUUCCUUAAUGGAUUAGGGGCUUUAUUUGAAUUGGGGUAAAAAUAAUUUAUACAUU